AUGGCUUCUCCUGAAAAGAAGCCGGCCAAGGCUGCCAAGACAUGGCGGCCAAAUAUGAAAUGGGAUGAGCAUAACAAUGCAAUUCUGCUGUCCAAGCUUAUUGAGACCCAUAGCAUCAAGGUUGAUGCUCAGCUAAUUUCUGAUGCAUGGCCCCAGGAGAGUGGAAGCCCUAGUGCUCGUGCGAUCAGAGAGCAAAUUGCCAGGAUCAAGUCAAUGAAGGCCAGGACCAUCAAGAGCUUCGCCGUUCCUGACGAAACGAGCGCAGGUGAGGCUGAGUCGACCCCUCCCGGCAGCUCAAAGGGACCCCGCAAGCGCCCUCUCACCACCGAGGAGCGCAGCCCACCCAAGAAGCCUGCGCGAAUGACCAAGUCCAAGGCAGAUAUCUUCGGGCUUCACGACUCGCCGAAGGAUGUGCUUCAAGGGUCACCUCAGAACAACGAUCCCAGCUCAGACGCCGACCGAUCUGCCCGUGAGGAUCCUGAUACCGACUCCGACCUUGUCUAG